AUGGGAAUCCUCUACGCUUCGAAAGAAGAGAACACCAAGUAUUUCCACCAUGGGUACUUGAUGAGCACUAAUAUAAAAGUCCAAGACGACUUGGAGUUGUACUCCUGCAAGUUUUUGCGUAAGGGGGAGAAAAGACUCGUCCGCAAGCUACGUAAAGAAGUCUUGUACGGAGCCACCUUCGACCACCUCUCAAAGAUAAGGAUGCUGACCUAUGACAAUACCAGCAGCAUGCCGCGCUACUUGCUUAAGGUGUAUAACAUGUACGAGGACGCCAACAGUGUGCACGUCGUCAUGGAGGGUUGCACCGGCGGAUUCAUGACGGACCACCUCCUGGACGGAAGUGCCAUCAGCGAGCGCCUGCUGGCGGACUGGUUCUUCCAAAUCAUAAUCGCCAUGUCCUUCCUGGAGAAACAACAUAUUCACCACGGAAACCUAAAUGGUUACUGUAUCUACUUUAAAGAUAAAACAAAAGAAGAAGUCAGAGUCAGCCUCUUAAGCAAAAAUAAAAAAUAUGACAACAUAGAUUACAAGGGAGAUUUGUAUGGGUUAUUUUUUAUCAGAUCCCUACAGGAAAUUAAAAAAUUAAAUUAUAAUAAAAAUAACACAUGGUACAUUGGUCUCCUACUUUAUUUUAUGUUGACCGGGUCGUUUCCUUUCUUCAACAAAGACCCUUUGCAAACAUAUGCAAAUAUUGCACAUGAGGAAGUUUCCUUGACCAAUUUGAAAACACAGUAUACAAAUCUGGGUAGUCCUAUUUUCGACUUCAUAAAGCAGUGCCUGGAGAAGGACUACGACAUGCGCCCAUCUCUCAUCCAGCUCUUGCAGCAUCCUUGGAUACGGGAUCGGGACAAUCUCCCCACGCACAACAUCGUCGAGGACCAGGCGCGCAAGGAUGCCCGGCAACUAAUCCACUCCUUAGAAAACGGGGUCCUGAAGACUGAGGAGGACUACGAAGAGGAUAAGUUGAACCAGAGCUGGUGA